ACAUGCGAGUUGCCGGCAAGCCGCCUCCCGUUCAGAGCUAGUGUACCUUGGGUUACCGUCGCCGAAGUUGUGCUGGCUGCGAAAGUGGGAUGUGGUUGAGCCAACUCUCCGUCCCUAUUGUAGAAAUGCUUGAUGCUUUUUGAAAGUACAUCACAACCACGCACACGCAAUUCCGGGUUCGCGCGAGCCUAAAAUGGCGCCGCGCAAGAGCGCGCAGUCGUCGGCUGCCGAGAUCGCGCUGGUACAUCUGCAGAAUUGUCUCGUCAACCUGCCGCCGUCGCUGGCAUCGCUGCUCGCGAACGUCAACACGCCCGCGCAAAAUGUCGUCGUCGAGCUCAACUACCGCGUGCCCGCUGCCCCUGGGGCGCCCAACGGCCCGGAGCCUGCCGCCUCGACCAAGUCCGUCUACGUUGGAUGGACCGGCAUGCCCAGCAAGCGAAGGCUUGCUCCGAUUGUCGGGAGAGACGGGAUCAGCGCAUCUCGCGGUGCCCGCGACCAGGAGGUGCCCCUUGUCGAGAUGGACGCUACCUUCGCAGCCACCCUGGGACUCAAGGACGGCCAGAAAGUCACGGCAACCAUCCACUUCGAUCCGCCUCUGGUCCACACCGUCCACAUCGAACCCCUGACGCCCGAGGACUGGGAGAUGAUUGAGCUGCACGGCACCUUCCUGGAGGACAACCUGCUGUUCCAGAUCCGCGCCGUGCCCAGUCCCGCCUUUGGUCCUACUCACCCCCUCACGCUGCACCUAUCCCAAACGUCAACUGCGAACAUAAAAGUCCUGUCGCUAGAGCCUGCUCCGCCCGCCGACACGCCUUUCGCCAAAAUCGCCCCCGACGCCGAGGCCGUUGUGGCGCCCAAGACGAGACAAAAACAGCGGAGUAACAGGGACAGUGGCAGCGUGGGCGGCGCAUCCAGGAAAAGCGGCAAAAGCUCGACAAGCACAGCCCGGAGAAAGAGUUCCCGGGAGGAGAAGAAGCCAGUGCUGUUCUUCAGGGGUAUUGACCGCAAGAACUGCCAGGACUGGUUUGACGGUGAGACGCCAAGCCAGGACCUCGCUGUCUGGGUCGAUCGCGAUCUGUUCUCCGCGAAGGAGUUAAAGGGAGUAAAAUGGGUCUCUGUCAGUGUUGUGCGGCCUGCCGGGCUUCAGCAGUCUCUCGGAUCUUCCGACCAGCCGCAAGAGGCGGAGCCUGCAGCAAUAGCGUCUACCAAGAUCGUUGCCCACCUCCAGCCGUGGGAUGAGCCACCGGAUGGACAGACGGCUGCGCUUUCCUCCCCCCUCUGCGCCGCACUCGGUUGCCAGUCGAUGGUUGGCGGCAUCGUGAAAAUCGAGCCGGCUCCGUCUCAGAUGCCCCGAAAGACGCCUGACCAGGAAGGCAUCUCGCGUGACUCGGUGCAAAAGCUCAAGAUUUUCCCCUUCCAGCCAUCCAAACCAGCGUCUCUGUCCGGCCUCAAGUUUGGCGGCCAGUCCAGGGCUGAAAAAGAAGAGGCGGCCAAUCAAAUCAAGCACAUCUACGGGCCCGGCGGAACCGGCCUGUUGCAGGGCCCCCUCACCGAUGGCCAAAUCCUGGGCGUCCAUGACGGGCUGGCAUGUCCCCGAGGCUGGGAAGGGGCUAUUGUAAGGUUCGAAACCCCCCACACUGCGUCUCAAGGUUCGGGGAAGAAGCCCCUGAACUGGAUUCUGGGUGCGGAUUGGAAAUUGCCCAUUGUGGUCCAACCGUCCGUGCCAAAACCCUCGUGGUUUUCCAAUUCCGAUGCCCAUCAGGUCCCGGACUCGCCCGACUCGCUCCUUGUUGGCAUCGACUCGCUGCUGGAGAGACUCAAGUCUCACCUCUCGCACAUGUCCUCGGUCCUCCUGACCGGCGGACAGGGCUCGGGCAAGACGUCGGUCGCGCAGUCGGUCGCUCGUGCCAUGCGCUCAUCCCAACUUUACCAUACGACGUAUUUCCCAUGCACCAAGCUGGUAAAUGAUGAAAGCAGGAUAUCCACCGUCAAGGAGACGCUGAAUCACCUGUUCAUGGCCGCCAGCUGGGGUGCGCGGCUCGGCGGUCGAGCCGUCGUUAUCUUGGAUGACUUGGAUCGGCUCUGCCCGGCCGAGACGGAGCUGCAGGUCGGCAACGAGAACGGCCGAAGUCGACAAAUCAGCGAAGCCAUACGUUGCAUGGUCAGACAGUACUGCGCCAGGGAUAGCAACGUCGUCCUGCUCGCCACAUGCCAGAGCAAGGACUCGCUGCAUAACGUCCUGGUCGGCGGCCACAUCGCCCGCGAGAUCGUCGACCUGGGUGCUCCCAAUAAGGAGACCAGGCGACGCAUCCUGGAAGCCCUGACGAAACAGGGCUCGGUUUCCCGAGAUGAAGCGGAACAUCUGGACGAUCAGGGUAGUCGCCCAACCACCGCCGACGGUAGUACCACCGGCGAUGAAGGCGGUGGCUGGAUGGACGGCCCAAGCCGCCCGAGUCGGAAGUCGCCUGGGAGCAAGCCGAGUGGAUUCAUCCUUGACGAUGACCUCGACUUUUUGGAUAUUGCUGGCCAGACGGAUGGCUACAUGCCGGGCGACUUAAUCCUGCUGGUCUCGAGAGCACGCAACGAGGCACUGGGCCGGAUUGUUGCGGAAUCCGCGAAUCCCGACAUAACCACCAUACACUUGAGCCACACCGACUUUGACAAGGCCCUCAAGGGCUUCACUCCGGCCUCGUUGCGGAACGUCACGCUGCAGAGUUCCACCACGACCUUCUCCUCUAUCGGAGGCCUGAAGGAAACCCGCCAAGUCCUCCUCGAAACGCUGCAGUACCCAACCAAGUACGCACCCAUAUUUGCCCAGUGUCCUCUCCGGCUACGCUCCGGUCUCCUGCUGUACGGCUACCCCGGCUGCGGCAAGACCCUCUUGGCCAGCGCCGUGGCGGGCGAGUGCGGUCUCAACUUCAUCAGCGUCAAGGGACCCGAGAUUCUCAACAAAUACAUUGGCGCGUCAGAGAAGAGCGUCAGAGACCUCUUUGAGCGCGCCCAAGCCGCCAAGCCGUGUGUCCUCUUCUUCGACGAGUUCGACUCCAUUGCCCCUAAGCGCGGCCACGACUCCACCGGCGUCACCGACAGGGUUGUCAACCAGUUGCUGACCCAGAUGGACGGCGCCGAGGGUCUUUCCGGAGUCUACGUCCUCGCCGCCACCUCUCGCCCGGACUUGAUUGAUCCCGCCCUGCUCAGACCGGGCCGUCUGGACAAGUCCCUGCUCUGCGACUUCCCCACGCUCGAAGACCGCCUCGACAUCAUCAGGGCGCUCGCCCAGAAGGUCAAAGUCGCCGACGAGAUUUGGGAGUCCGAUGAGCACGUGCUCGAGUUGGGCCGUCGCACCGAGGGGUUCUCCGGCGCCGACCUCCAGGCUCUCAUGUCCAACGCCCAGCUGGAAGCCAUCCACGACGUCCUCAACGACAGGGAGCAGCAGCACGCCGGCGUCAACUCCACCUCAUCCAACCGCCGUGGCGCCGUCGCUAUAAGGAAACCGGCGGCAUCCUCCUCCUCCUCGCCAUUAUCGAAGAACUUCGUGCAGUUCCGCUACGGCGAGGACGAGACGCCCUCCCCCGCAGCGGACACCACCGCCCCGCCGCGCACGCGCGCUGCGCAGCUCGCCGAGCAAGCCGCCAUUGCCGCCAAGCUGGAGAGCAUCAAACUCGCCCGCAAACGCGCCAAGCAAUUCCACAAGAACGCCUCGGCCGGCAGCGGCGGCGGCCUGCUCAACGGUAACAGAACUGCUGCUGGUGGUGGUGGUGCCUAUGGCGAAGGCGAGGGCGUCGUCGGUGCAGCAGCGGCCGGUAGCAACUCCGAGGUGGUCAUCCGCUGGACGCACCUCGCAAAGGCGCUGGAGGGCACGCGCGCGAGCAUCAGCGCGGAGGAGCGGGCGCGGCUGGCGCGCAUCUACAGGGAGUUCGUCGUCGGCCGGAGCGGGGAGAUGAGGGACGGCCAGGGGAGCAUGGAGAUUGGUGGGCGGAGCAGUCUCAUGUAGAAGUAGUUAUCUGUAUGCCGGCCUGGGUGAGGGGUGAGGGGAUAAGGCGUUCCGUGGAUGAAAGGGUAGAAACGCGCGUACAAUAGCCAUUGCACGUGGGAGUAAUGGGAUUUUGGAUGUGCAACUCUUGCUGCGUUCCGUGUCUCGUUUGGAUCUGAUCUGAUCUGAUCUGAUCUAGCCUGGUAUUACCUGCAUCCAAAGGGCAGCCACAGUGCUGUGUACCUUUUGUUGUUCUGCACACGCCAUCUCCCAACCUCCCAGUCAUCUCCCCAACUUCCUUCCCUCCUUGACCCAAAAUCUCAACCAACCAAACCAUCCAUCCCUACCCAGCACCCCCCACAACAGCACCACCCCCCCUCU